AUUUGCACACCCGAAUCUCUCUCCGUUCGAUAAACGCAAACCUUAGGGCGCGCUUUUUCCCGGCUCUCCACCACAACACUAUCCAUCUCCGGCACCGGCGGCGCCUCCUCCUUUCUCUCUCUCUCUCUCUUUCUCUCUCUGUCUCUUAUUUCCCCUUAACUUCAUAGUGUUGUCUCUCUCUUCGUCUUUAUACUCCUUCAAUCGGUCUUAGCCAUGAGCUUGGGAGCUUGCGCAGAGCUAUCUCGGUGUGUUGCAGUAGCAUCAGUGAAACCUAAUUCUGGCAAGUGCAACGGCACCGCCAUAAUCAGCCACAGUUUACACAGUCCAAUUACUAAUUACAGUGGCGUAUUAUCAAUAUCGAGGUCGAGGGACAACAACAAGAACAGGGUGGUUGUGGGAGCUGGGAGCCAAGGUCUUACAUACAGGGACGCCGGCGUUGACAUCGAUGCAGGGUCCGAGCUCGUUCGAAGAAUAGCAAAGAUGGCGCCUGGGAUUGGAGGCUUUGGCGGUUUAUUCCCACUUGGUGAUUCUUACCUUGUUGCCGGUACGGAUGGUGUGGGAACAAAGGUGAUGCUUGCCUUUGAAACUGGUAUUCAUGACACUAUUGGGAUUGAUCUGGUUGCGAUGAGCGUCAAUGACAUUGUUACUUCAGGGGCCAAGCCUUUGUUUUUCCUUGAUUACUUUGCCACUGGCCACCUUGAUGUGGAUGUUGCUGAAAAGGUUAUAAAAGGCAUUGUUGAUGGUUGUGAGCAAUCGGAUUGCGUUCUUCUAGGAGGAGAGACUGCAGAGAUGCCUGGUCUCUACAAAGAAGGAGAGUAUGAUCUUAGUGGCUGUGCAGUUGGCAUUGUGAAGAAAGAUUCUGUGAUUGAUGGGAAGAACAUUAUUGCUGGUGACGUUCUUAUCGGUCUACCAUCUAGUGGAGUUCACUCUAAUGGUUUUUCACUCGUAAGAAGGGUGCUAGCUCAAAGUGAUCUUUCAUUGAAAGAUCGACUCCCUGGCGGUGAUAUUACAGUUGCAGAAGCAUUGAUGGCCCCAACUUUUAUAUAUGUGAAACAGGUGCUUGACUUAGUUAGCAAGGGAGGGGUUAAAGGAAUUGCCCAUGUUACAGGUGGCGGUUUCACCGAUAACAUACCCCGAGUUUUUCCAGAAGGUCUCGGUGCUCUUAUAUACAAAGACUCAUGGGAAGUGCCUACAGUUUUCAAAUGGCUUCAGGAGGCUGGGAAGAUAGAAGACUCUGAGAUGAGAAGGACCUUUAAUAUGGGCAUAGGGAUGGUCCUAGUAGUUAGUUCAGAGGCAGCUAAUAGAAUACUUGAGAACAGAGGCGAAAUAAAGAAAGUCUACCGCAUUGGUGAAGUUAUAUCCGGCAAUGGAGUGACCUAUACUUAAUUUUUGGUUGAGUUUAAUCAUGUUGUAUCUUUCUAAUAUUUUCAUGGAAAAUUUAACCUUGCGAUUUUGUUGUUGGUUUAUUAGAAGCCUAAUGGCUUUCACUAUUUUGAGGAUGAACUUAGUAGUCUGAGUUGUUAGUUAAAAUUAUUUGAGUGAUUUUUUUUUAUUUUUUUUUGUAAAAGUAAUUGAGGUUUCAUGUA